AAACAGGAAGUAAACCAGAGUGAAAAUCCGGGGUGUUUUUGCACAUUCAACAUUUUUAUUUUUUAGACUUUAAAUAAAAGAGUUUUCUACAAUGAGAGGAAAACAAGGCUGCACGGUUAACUGUUAUGCUGUCAGCCAGCUUUAAAAUUAUUUUUGUGAUUGAAGGGGCCGGGAUGAGUAUCCGAGCGCUAUGGGUUUUCACCCACGAAAAGGGUGAAUCUGUAAAAGUGCAGUUUUCUAGGCGGUACCCCACAGUGGAGUUUCGUGCAAAAUCCUUUGCUGGAGCUCAAUAUGUGUCUGUUCCUGAGGACAGUGAUAUAGCCCAGCUCCUACUGACCGAAUUGGGCCUAGCAGACCCUGACAAGCCCUUUAUUGCUGCAAGGGAUGACUGUUGUCACCAGCAGCGGUCACCUGCACUGGAGCUUCGUGUUAAUAGCUCAGGUGUAAAAACCCUAUGGCCGGUCCUAACCAUCGUCCAGGGUGGACUAAUCCUUGCCUGUCUCCUGCUGAUGGAAGUCCCAUCUGAUCCUCGACCUCCCCUUCCCAGCCUGGCUUCCGUCUCUCAGGGCUUAGCCCUGUUAUCUAGCCUACAGGGCUUCCUUAGUGGCACAGCAAGUAAACCAUCAGAGCCAGAUGUGCUUGUCUCUCGCUUGGAAACCCUUCCUUCGGUACUAAUGCAGGUUUGUCCAUUUGGGACCCCCCUGGACAGUCUUCCUCAGUCUGGGGUGCUGCCUGCAGCUAUGGCUUCAGGUCCUGGUGGUGCUCAGAAACAGCCUGCUUGGAAAACCGGGGUUCAUCGAGGAAAAGCAGUGGUAAGCGUGGCCCUCUCAGAAAAGGUGAGGUCCAUGCAGUAUGGAAACCAAAGCAAACAGGAUCUGUGGGAUGUGCAUGGAACAGUUACAUGCAAAUGUGAAGUGGAGGGUGUUUUGCCCAAUGUCACAGUCACCCUCACAUUGCCACCCAAUGGCUCACCUCUGCAGGACAUCCUUGUGCACCCCUGCGUGACAUCGCUGGAUUCCAGUAUUCUUACAGCUAGUAGUGUGGAGGAGAAUGACAGCUCUGCUUUUUCAGGACCAUACAAAUUUCCUUUCUCCCCGCCUUUGGAGCCUUUCCGACUUUGUAGUUAUACCUCCCAGGUACCUGUGCCACCUAUUCUUGGUUCUUACUUUCUCAAGUCAGAGGACAACCUCCUUAGGAUCAACGUGGUCCUCAAACUCCAUGAGAGUGUCCGAAACAGCUUUGAAUACUGUGAAGCACAUCUGCCAUUUUUCAACAGAAACCUAAUGAGCCAUGUGGAUAUAAAAGUGACUUCAGGGCAGUUAGAGGUUUCCAAAGAGAAGAAUCUGCUCAUCUGGUUUCUGGGUCAGAAAUUUCCAAAGUCCCGAGAGGUAUCUUUGGAAGGAACAAUUAAUUUCUCAGGGCAUCUUGCUGGACCAUCAGACCCCAUGUGUAUAGAUCUCAUUGCAUACAUAAAACUUUACUUCCGCGUAGCUGAUUUUACAUUAUCUGGAUGCUGUGUGGACCAGCACUCUGUGCAAGUGUAUUCUUCAACAAAGCCACGUAUCAUCACAACACGAGAACUGGUGUCUUCUGAAUACUACAUCUGGAACGCUACUGGAGAUGCCCCUGUGUCUGGACCUGUGAUACUGUAGGAGAAUGAUUAUACAGCACAGAGACCUUAAUAUCUGAUACACCACCAUAUUAGAUCUUUCUAUAUUUUAACAUAAUGAGACAAUGAGACAAUAUGAGUGAUUUUGUUGUCAGUAGACAGUGACUGAAGUGUUAAUGCUGCUUAUAAAAUGAUCUUUAAGGGUAAGAGGUGUGCAGUAGUCUGAAGUGUCAAUGUGCCCAGGAAGAGUAAACCUUUUGCAAGUAUUUGUUCCAAUUAAUUCCAAAUCCACAUGAAUUUGACACAUUAGGUGCAUUCUUUGUUUAAAAACAAGUUCAUUGGUCAUUUUGUUCACAGGCACAAAAUGUUGCUGUAAAUAAAAAAUAAAUAUGGCACUGAUUAAUGUAAAA